GCAGCUGAGUACAGCGUUGCACGAGGAACGUACGGAAGACAGCAAGUGUCGAUUAUACGUAAAGAGCGGAGUUAUCUGUGUGAAGAAAGGUGACAACAACCCACUCAGUGACAAUAAAGCAUCGCUUGCAGCUAAGGAUAUGUGGGGUACCACCGGGACUUGGGAAGGACAGGCCUGUGGCGUAAUAGAAAACUGGAAAACUGCUAAACUGCUGUGGUGGCGGUGUCCCUGAGGAGGAGUGUAGGACGACAGAGUCGAGCAGGGACACAUCUGUUGAGAGGAAGGAGGGUCUCGCUGUGUGUACAGUACCACUGUAAAGAAGUGUGGUUUGGUGUAGGGGUAACGUGAUAAUUCUAAUCGCCGUUUAAAAUUCAAUGGAAAAGGGAUUUGAAAAUAGGGAUAAGCCUGCUUUACUUGCAGAACUUAUUCCGGAACAUGCACAUCAGUCAGAUCGUAAGUCAGGCUGUGAGACGUGGAGUGUAUCAUUCUCUCCAGAUGGCUCCUAUUUUGCUUGGUCUCAGGGGCACUGCCUAGUGAAGCUUGUACCCUGGCCCCUCAGCAGUACCUUAGAUUUGGGCAAUAAAUGCUCUGAGCACAAAGGUAGUAAUACAAAGUUGAGCAGAAAUGGCAUCAGUGAUCAGGAGAGGACACUGGACUGUGGACAUAUUGUUUGGGGUUUAGCGUUUGGUGCGUGCUCAUCUAGCCAGAAGAAACAGAACUUCCCAAAUAAUCACCAAGGACCCAAAUUUGAACUUUUACGUCUGGUACUUGCUACAGGUCUCACAAAUGGACACAUCAAGGUCUGGGAGGUGCAAACAGGUUGCAUUCUUUUUGAUUUAGUGGGUCACCAGGAUGUUGUUAGACACCUGGCUUUUGCACCCAAUGGAAGCCUGCUGUUGGUAUCUGCUUCCCGUGACAAGACUCUGUGUGUCUGGGAUUUAAAAAGGGAUGGUAAGCAGAUUCAUGUGUUAUCUGGACAUAAGCAGUGGGUUUACUGUUGUAGUAUCUCACCUGACAGCAGCAUGCUAAGUUCAGUAGCUGGAGAAAAAUCCGUACUUCUGUGGAGUAUGCGAUCUUAUAAAUUAAUAAGGAAACUGAAGGGACAUGAAAGCAGUGUAGUAUCUUGCGACUUCUCACCUGAUGGUGCACUGUUAGCCACAGCGUCAUAUGAUGCACAUGUAAUUGUAUGGGAUCCGUACACUGGAGAGUCUUUGACAAAGUUAAAACAUUUACCACUUUGUCCAGCUUUGAAUUACACAGAAGAUUUCCAGGAUGGUGCUGUCAGGUCAAUUAGUUUCUCUCCUGAAGGUUUAUACCUUGCAACAGUAGCUGAUGACAGAUUGCUGAGACUCUGGGCCUUAGAAUUGUGGACCAUUGUUGACGUUGCUCCUGUUACCAAUGGAUUGUGCAGUACAUUCUUCCCACAUGGUGGCAUUAUAGCAGCUGGGACAAGAGAUGGCCAUGUUCAAUUCUGGGAGGCACCCAGAAUCCUGCCAUCCUUAAGGCAUUUGUGUCGUAAAGCUGUUCGCAGGUUCCUCACAACCUACCAAGUGAUGACUCUGCCAUUCCCAAAGAAAAUGAAGGAAUUUCUAACAUACAGGACAUUGUAGUUUAUUGACCGACAGAAAAGGAGUCUGGCAAACCUGUGCUGUGGGGGGUAACUGUGUUAGUGCCAUGGUUACUUGAUGUGAUUAGAUUGGAAUUAGGGUAGUUUGUUUAUAGGAUGAGUAUGUGAAAUUGUUUUAGUAGGUUUAUUAGACCAGGUAUGUCUGUGAUUUUUGUGGGGCAGCUCAUAAGCUUGUACUGGUGUUAUAUAACAUGCUUCAUGCAGACUUAACAUGAUGGUACUGCACUUAGCAGAGUUUGAGUAGCUGCUUGCAGUCUUAAUCAUUUAAAAGAACGGAAAGCCUAGAAAGCAGGGAUGCUGUGAUGUUUUUCUUAGUGUCAUCAUACAUUAUCACAAUUUAAAGUUGUCUGCAAUUGUAGACCGUAAGAAUGGAAGUGUAAAACUGAACUUUUGUAUUACAAAAGGGAUGUAUACUUCCUAAAAUGAAAAUGUAAGUCAGGGAUGUUGAUUAUGCUGUGUUAUGGUAUCUAAUAGUUGGAAAACAUGUUUGCAACAAAAAAUAGCUAUUUGCUGAUUAAUGUUGGACAUCCUGUAUUCCUUUCUGCAGGAGUGUCAGGUCAUCAGUUCUUAUCUACAGAAAUAUUAUCAUCGAUGGAUGCAGUGAAACCAGCUAGGCUUAGUUGCCUUAGAAGUAGAUCUCUUAAAAAUGACUAAUUCUGACAGGUUGAAUGAGAGUGCUGAUCACAGCUAGUAGCAAAAAGUAUGUUAGAAAAUUUUUCUUGCACAUUAGUUUGCCUGCCCCACUGCCUGGUAAUUUCGGCUGCAUAAACAUGGCUAAAGAAUUUUAUGUAAUAUUAUUACUUUUAUUUUUUUAUUAUUCCCUUUAGUGUGUUUUAUUUCUUCCUUCAGAAAUGCACAUUAUGGCUGAACAGUAGACAAAUACCAUAUUAGGGAGAGAAUUUUGAGGCAUGAUUAAAAAAUAAAGUAAUGCUUUAGAUAUUUUACUUAAUAUUCCAUGGUUUAUACUGAACUACACAUUUUGCUUCAAAGAUUUUAUUUAAUUAUUUUUACUAUUUUUGGGAAACAGUUGCCUCACAAUAUUUAUUCUAUAGUGAAGUAAUACUAAUUUGAUUUUCAAAUGGCAAGAAGUAGUUAAUUUGCUAGCACAAGGCAAUUACAUUUGUUUUACUUAAGUCACCCUGAAACUACACAACAUGGUCUGUGUAGUUCUGAACUCCUGCAGGCUCAUGGAGGACUGAGUGCUGCCCUUAUUAACUGCACCUUAAAGCUGCUCAUAUUCUGCUCAUAGUCUGGUACAGUACAUUCGCCUUAUUAUUAGUAUUAUUUAAUAAAUCACUUAAUUUCAUUUCUAAUAAUUUAUAUUUCAGUUAACCUCAUCAGACAUACUAGUAUUUGAUUUUUUUGGAAAUUUUUAUUUAUACUCAGACCCAAGUAUACAUUUUUGAGGAAGUGUGUGCACGCACAGAUUUGUGUGUCUGUUAAUUGGGUUCUUUUGUGCAUCACUUACUUACACAUUCAAAAUAUGUGAAGUAAAUAUCACAACAGAAAAACCUAUGCAGCUGUAUUAUAUAAUUAACCACAUUCUGACUGGGAGAUGUAUUUAUAUUCUGUUCACUCAUUUCCUGAUACCAUGAGUUCUACUUCUGCUUCUUCAGUGCUUUAUCAUUUGCAAUAAACUCUCAGUUAACCGGCA